GAGAGAGAACGACGACAGAGAGAGAGAGCGACGACAGAGAGAGAGAGAGAACGACGACAGAGAGAGGAGCGACGACACAGAGAGAGAGAGCGACGACACAGAGAGAGAGAGCGACGACACAGAGAGAGAGAGCGACGACAC